ACGGGCUUUGUGUUCAAGGGGAGGAGGUAUAAUAGGUAGUGGAUAGAUCCGUCCGCAGGCAAGGAAACACGAGCCGUGCAGAUACAGUCAGGUGUUGAGAUCGAGCUGCUAAUCUGCUGGAACGAUGCCGUUUCUUUAACCUCGAUUUAUCCAAGGAAGGACGUUAAUCUACUGCUGCAACUAACUUUUAUUUUAAUUAUUUAUUUUAAUUAAAGCUGCAAGCUGCGACGGACGGGCCCCUGCACCUCCUGGCAUGUCUGGGGUACUGGCAGGACGCCCGGUUGACGCAGCCAUGCAUUUGCAUGAUAAUUGAACAGCGCGCAGAGUGCCGGGCGAUGGAUACGAUGUAUUGCAACUACUUCCUGUUAAGUGGCUAAAUGCACAAAAUGGCAGCAUGCAUUUUGAUGCUCUAUAUCGAGUGUGGACCACACAGUUUUAACUUUCGUGUGUAUCGAAUGAUGUUUGUCACAUGAGGCUGACUUCCUGUUGCCAGUAGGAGGCGCUAUGACUGUACGCUUCCUGGAGCAGCAGAACAAGAUGCUUGAGACCAAGCUGGAGCUGCUGCAGGGCCAGGGGGUGGGCCGGUCCAACGUGGAGCCCCUGUUCGAGGCCUACAUGGCGGGGCUGAGGCGCCAGAUGGACCUGGUCAACAACGACAAGACCAAACUGGACGGGGAGCUGAGGAACAUGCAGGGCCUGGUGGAGGACUACAAACACAAAUAUGAGGACGAGAUUAACAAGAGAAACAACCUGGAGAAUGACUUUGUAAUCCUAAAGAAGGAUGUUGACUCGGCCUACCUUGUGAAGGCCGAUCUGGAGGAUAAGGUGGGAGCUCUGACGGAUGAAAUCAACUUCCUGCGCAACGUCUACGAGGAGGAGCUGCGUGAGCUGCAGGCCAGCAUUAAAGACACGUCGGUGGUGGUGCAGAUGGACAACAGUCGCAGCCUGAACAUGGAGCAGAUCGUAGCGGAGGUCAAAGCCCAGUACGAGGAGAUCGCAGCCCGCAGCCGAGAGGAGGCCGAGGCCUGGUACAAGACCAAAUUCGACCAGAUGUCGGUGCAGGCGAGUCAGUACGGAGACGAGCUCCGCGUGGUGAAGGGAGAGGUGGCCGAGGUCAACCGCCUGAUCAGCCGGCUGCAGAGCGAGAUCGAGGCUGUCAAGGCUCAGCGUGGCAAUCUGGAGAACCAGCUGGGUGAAGCCGAGGAGCGCGGAGAGCUGGCUGUGAAAGAAGCCAAGGCCCGGACCAGAGACCUGGAGGAUGCUCUGCAGAGGGCCAAACAAGACAUGGCCAGACAGCUCCGAGAGUACCAGGACCUGAUGAACCUGAAACUGGCUCUGGACAUUGAGAUCGCCACCUACAGAAAGCUGCUGGAGGGAGAGGAGGACAGAAUUGGACAUCAGUCCAUCCUCAACAUCCAGACCAUCUCCAACUACAGCACUAAAAGUACUAAUGGCUACCACAGCAACAGCUGCUCUCCUGCUCCAAAACUGCUGAUAAAGACAACUGAGACCAGAGAUCACUCUCACAGAUACAGCAGUCACUGAGAGGACACACACUGCAUGCAGGCAGUGGUGGGAUGUAACUAAAUACACUCAAGUACUGUACAAUAGUACAACUUUGAGCUACUUUACUUUUCAUGCUACUUUAGACUCCACUACAUUUCAGAGAGAGCUUUAGAUAGGAAUUCUAAAUAAUGAGAACAAAACUGUCGGCACAUCCACAUGAUACGAGCCUUCCAUUUUCACUGC